AUCUGAAGACAGGCCAGGAACCGGAAACGACGCAGCGACGAUCUGCAAAUCAUCCAGAAUAUACCUUCAAACCCUCUCAAACAUGCUCACCAAGGUACCCAUUGUGUUCGUGAUGGAAACCCGGAAAUUGAGCACCUUGAUGCCCUCCAGCCCCCUGGACGCAUGGAGCAGUGAGCGCUGACGGAGCAGAAUUUUCAAUUCUACAGGGUCCCCAGCGGUAAUCCCAGCGCUGUUAUAUGACAGCUGCUCCGUCUGGAUCGACGCUACACGGCUUAUUCUCUUUCACAUUGGAUCAUUUGGGAAAUCCGUGUGUUGUUGUUUAUGAUUAUCCACCUUUUCUCCCCUUUCUUGCAUAGGAGUGCCACCAAUUGCAACCUUUUCAGUAUAGAUUUGUGGAUUUUCACCAUGUCUUCUGACAAGAAGCACUUGCAUGACGAGGGGCAAUCCGCACAGUCUGCAGAUGUUUAUAUUGCUGUGCCUGUCGUCUUGUUUCCCCUUGGCAAAUUGACAGAAUCUUCAUUUCUCCCUUGACGGUUCACAGGAUGGCCGGUCUCAAUGAGCGAAAUGUGUACUUCGGGCCUGAUUCCAUGAAGCAGUACUUUGACCCGGACUGUCAGCCUCCGUUGCCGCUUGUGGAACUUCCGCAAUGUCUCAAUCCAUACUACGCAGAUGGCGUACGGAUAUAUGCAAAGAUGAUGACCAUGCAUCCUGCGAACAAUGUCAAGGCCAUGCCAGCGUUAAACAUGCUGGAAUCGAGCGUCGCCCCUGGUAAAACCCGAACUAUCAUCGAGUACAGUUCGGGCUCGACAGUGAUUUCAAUGUCGCUCAUUGCUAGGGCCAUACAUGGAAUCAACGAUACCCGGGCGUUCCUGAGUAACAAGACGAGCGAGGCCAAGUUGAAACUGAUGCAGUUCUUUGGACUGAAUAUAACGUUGUUCGGGGGUCCGUCUCAGCCCGAGCCUGUUGACGAACGAGGUGGCAUUCAGAACGCCAGACGGAUGGCCAUGGACUCGGAAGAGAUCAUCAACCCGAACCAGUAUGAAAACGAUGACAACUGGCAAGCGCAUAUCCGCUGGACCGGCCCGCAGAUCUUCAAGCAACUUCCCGAGAUCAAUGUGAUCUGUGCAGGGAUGGGGACCUCUGGAACGAUGACAGGUCUCGGGACCUAUUUCAAAGACGUGAAGCCGUCGGUUCUUCGGGUUGCAGUAUGCACGGCGCCUGGCGACCGAGUUCCUGGGCCAAGAUCCUUCGCUCUCCUCCGACCCGUGGAGUUUCCGUGGAAGGCAGCCGUUGAUGUGGUCGAGGAAGUCGGUUCGCCCGAGUCAUUUUCACUGUCCCUUGACUUGUGUCGAGAGGGAUUGGUAUGUGGUCCGUCGUCUGGUUUCAACCUGCAAGGCCUUUUCCAAAUGCUGGACAAGCGCAAGGCUGCCGGCACGCUGUCGGAGCUGGCUGGACCGGACAAGCUAACACACUGCGUGUUCCUGUGCUGCGAUUUGCCAUAUCAAUACAUCGGGGAAUAUUUCGAGAAGGUUGCGCCCGCGAAGUUCCAUCCUAUCCAGAACGAGGUGCGAUUCACUACCCCGCAGCAAUCCCCAAUGCGCAAGCUAAUAUAAUACAUGGUUUCCGUGGCAGAGACUCUCCAAGGUGGACCUUUACCGGUACGACGAGAGCUGGGAAAGGAGCCCCAUGGAGCUUCUCCGUGCGAUCUACGAGCCUCCCCGAUCGCUGUCCCAGUUUCUCCUCGGGGACGUCGUGCUUCGAAGCCAACGCUGCGUGCUGGACCUGAGGAAGGAAAGAGAUUUUGCCAUCUGGCAUCUCUCUGGUUCCGUCAAUGUGCCGCUGCAGAGCCUCGACUCCGACACCCCGGGGCCGUUCGCAGAUGCCAGCGUGCUGGAAGCGCAAUGGCUAGAGCUGGAUCGGCUGUUCAGUGAACGCGACGUCUUGGCGAAGCUUCAGGCCCAACGCGUACUGCUCCUGUGCUAUGGCGGAGACACUGCGCGCAUCGCGGCCAGUGUGCUGCGCGCCAAGGGGAUCGAGGCAGACAACGUACGCGGAGGCUAUCAGGCGCUGAUGGAGGCUCUGCUGAGCGAGUGUCGAGUGACAGCACCGACCGUUGGAGCCCAGUGUCCGUGUGCGACAGCCAUCCCGGUUGCCCUUCAGUAGUUUCAAGUAAAGUAGAUGCAAUGAAGUGAUGCUGCGA